AUGGAAUCAUAUGAGAGCAACCCCCAAGACUGGAAGAAAUUUGCAAAGGCUGACCAGUACAGGUAUACACGAAACCUGGUGGAUGAAGGGAAUGGAAAGUUUAACCUCAUGCUGUUGUGCUGGGGAGAAGGACAUGGCAGUAGUAUCCACGACCACUCAGACUCACAUUGCUUCAUGAAGCUGCUCCAGGGUCAGCUCAAAGAGACACUCUUUGAGUGGCCCGAUGGUAAACCGCAGGGAGAGAUGGUCCAAAAAUCACAGCGGAUCUUGGUGGAAAACAAGGUUGCUUACAUAAAUGACUCCAUUGGCCUGCACCGUGUGGAGAAUGGGAGCCACACAGAGCCUGCGGUCAGUCUGCAUCUGUACAGCCCACCGUUCCAGACCUGCCAGACCUUCGACCAGCGGACUGGGCACAAGAAUACAGUCAAGAUGACCUUCUGGAGCAAGUUUGGCCAGAGGACUCCAUUUGAGGCAACAGUGUCACAAGAAAACAACUGA